AUGACCCCUUUUAUUUCUGAGUCAUCAUCCGGGGCCGCCUCAGCUCGGCGCCGAGAGCCCGCGAGGUGCUGGAGGCCGGCAGCCGCCCGUGCGUCCCCGCCCACCCCCGGCAGCGAGGACGCGGCGGCCACGUCCCCUCCCGCGCUGGGCGGGGCUAGCCGCCGCGGACCCCCGACCGGCCGCUCGGCCGUUGGCCCCGCCCCGCGCGCUCGUGCGCAGCGCGAGCGGUCCGCCGCAAGGGAUCCUGGGAGCCGUUGGAGCCGCUGGUCCGCGCGCCCGGAGCCCGCCCGCUCCCUGGGCGUGUGGCGCGCGUGCGCGCGACGCGCGAGGCGAAGCGGGAAUCCGCGGCUGGCAGGACCCGGCUUCAGGGUCCCGGGGCGUCGGAGCCGGGCCUCCUUUCCGCCGCCUGUGGACUGCGCACCCCCAGCCCGCACCCUGCGCUCGGCGGCCGGGCCCACGCACCGCGGGCUGGCUGCCUCGCAGCCGUCCUGUCUCACAGGCCUCACGGGCCUGCUGCACUUCGUGUCCCCUUCACGGCACCUGCUGAGUGCAUGCAGGUUUCCCGGCGAGCACGCCUUCGCGUGGAGGGUGGCGGGCACACCCUCCUCCGGGACCGUCAACCUUGGCACCUUCGUGUCAUCUUUCACAGUGAUGCCGUCAGCCCCUCCCGUCCUCGGCCCGCCACACUGGGCCCCCUGGCAGCAGCACCCACCGAACAUCCUGGGCCCAGUGUUGCCCCCAGGAAGCACCCUGGUGCUGCCGACUCUUCCCAGCACGCCGUUGGUGGCAGCACAGGCCAGCUGUGGCCCAGGCUGGCCCGGGGCCUGCAACGUCACUGUGCACUUCCUGGCGGCCUCGGGAGUGAAGACCAUCCUGCCCGCCCCUCCUGCCUGGAGCACCCAGGCUAGCGAUGAAGGCUGGUCCCUGCACCGUCCACCUCGAGCUGCAGUGCCAGCUGCCCAGCUGGCCUCUGGUGGGCUCCCAGCAUUGGCCAGUCCUCGUCCACCUGGGGCCGCUAGGAACAGCGGCCCGGCCUGCUCGCAGCCCACCGCCUCGCCCGGGAACGCCUGCCACCGCACCAGCGUGAACGAAAAGUUCCGGCGCUGGCAGCACUGCAAGCCCCUGGCCCGCAGGCACCUGCCCCAGAGUCCCGAUGCGGAGGCACUCUCCUGCUUCCUCAUCCCAGUGCUUCGGACCCUGGCCCGCCGGAACCCCACCAUGACCCGGGAGGAGGUCCUGCAGCGGGGCGUGCAGAAGUGGCAUUGUCUAAGCAAGUCAGAGCGCAGCAUCUACUAUGUGAUGGCGGGAAGGUUCAUGGAGUUCGAGGCCGAGGAGGCGAGGCAAUGUCAGAACGCACAGUGGAUGAAGGCGGCGCAGGGCGUGCCUCAUCCAGCACCCCUCAGGCCUGUUCCUCGGGCGCCCUCAGCCCCAGAGCGGGGCCAGAAGCGAGCACGCAUCCGCGAGAAGGCCAGCGCCGGGGCCCAGUCCGCCAACGCCCAGCCACCGCGAUGCCGGCAGAGCCCGCACACCGAGGCGCCGACGGAGAUCCCCCUCGAGGCCGUGGCAGAGGGCCUGGAGAUCAUGGAGGGGCUGCUGGGGCCCAGCGGCCCAACUCAGGGGCUGCCCGGUGAAGAACGUGGGGAGGAUAGCUCCAAGCCGCCACAGGGAGAGGAGGGCGUCUAUCCAGACGCGGGUCUCCUGACCUACAUCAAUGAGCUUUGUGCCCAGGGAGACUUUCUCAACAAGGCGGACGCAGUUCUGCACCCACGCUUCCUGGCGGAGUUGCCCUGCCCGGAAGCCCAGCUGGAUCUCUUGGCCCUCGCUGAGGAGCUGGAGCAGGAGGAAGGACUGUCUUUGGCACAGCUGGAGCAGAAGCGACUCCUGGAACUGAAGCAGGAGGAGGGUGUGCAGGCCCCCGCGAGUCACGGCACACCCCGACUGGACUCAAGGCCUUCUGGGUCUGAGGCCGGCCAGGAUCCCCAGAGGCACGGCCAUGGCCCCCAGCUAGGGGCCAGCGACCAAGCCUGCCCACCAGAGUCUGGUUGCGGGCAGCGCCAGGCGCACAGCCGAGGAGACGCUGGCGUGUGGAGGCCCGAAGCCUUCGCUGCCUCUCCAGGACGCCAGGAGCCCCCUCCCCUGAAGGCUGGCUGGCGGCCCCAUGCCCCCCAGGCUCGGUGCCGCACUUCGCCCAGCCUGGGGCCCAGGCUCGCCACUGCUCCGGGAGAGACCUGUCCUGCUCGGGAGCCCCUGGGGCCCACGGGCAGGCCCAGUGAGGGCGAGGAGGAGCUCCCCAGCCUGGCCUUCCUCCUGGCAUCUCAGCACACACUGCCAUCCUGGGGACUGCCCCAGAGUCCUACUCCAGGCUCAGACCUCCUCCGCCCUGGAGUACCCCAGGCCCGCUCUCCCCAGAAGCCGGGCCUCAGCCCCGCUGGCCCUCCAGCUGGCAAGGCCAGCAGUCGGGCCCCGUGUGCAGGCCCAGCCCCUGCUGGGAAGACACCCCUGCCAGGGGCCAGCCUCGGGGUCGCUGGGGGACCAGCCUUGGCUCUGGGGCUGGGCUGCCCCUCACAGCCCCGGAAGAGAAGGGGGGACCCUUUCGGCACAGGGAAGGGUAGGAAGCGGCCCUGCAGCCAGUAG